AUGUACGUAAUAUAUCCAGCGGACGAAGUAGUUUCCCUGACAUACAGCUCGCAUUCGCUGCCCCGGCCGCGGCAGCGACCGACCCUUGAUAUUAUUAUAGGGCCGCCGCCGCCCACGCCGAUCAACGCGAAUCCCCCGCCCUCACCCCCCGCCCCGCCCCGCGUCGUCUCGACCCCCAAAACGGCGCCCCCGGAGCUUGCGGAGCGCGCGCCGGCCUCGCCGACGCCGUCGCUUGAGCGGCCGGCUAAGCUGCGCGAGCGCACUAAAGCCAAGCUCCUUAAAAAACUUGGCCGCCAUGAAGACAACGAGUUGGGAAAAAUUAUAAGGACUCCAGCCUUAGAAGAGUUUGAAUUACCAGCACCGCUUCCUACACCAGCAUUUUCAAGAAAAAACAUAUUUGAUAGAGAUUUCGAUGCUCUUUUUGAGGUUGCAAGCACUCCUGAAUUUUGUGCGAAUAUUCGCGUUACCACUCCGGAACCGGAUCGUCGCUCUGAUGUCUCGGCGGCGCAUUUCCCAUCACCUGCUACUUCCUCCCUUAGUCUUUUACCACCCCGUCCUCAGUCAGAGCCAGCGGCGACUCCUUCCCCAACAAACUCCGCUCGCAACUCCUCGCAAUCGACGCCUCCAACACAACGAUCAUCCUUUGAAGGAACAAAUUCGAAACCGAAGAAAGUUAGUUUCUUCAGGAAGUUAAGCAGAGCAAAGGAACCUUCUCCUGCUAAGCCUGUCAUCAUGCAGCAACCAUCCAUAGAGAUGGCUCUUCGAGAGCUGACACAUCCAGCUCACAAUGAACAACUAAAAAACCAACAGCAAGUGACGUUCAAAUUGGUGAAAACAGUCGCUGAUUUCACGACACAGCUGUCGCAGUUGUACGAGCGUCAUUCUUCAGAACUACAGCUUCUAGUUGCGAACUUCCGAAAACGGAACAGCGAAUUACGGAAAGAGAGGGCAAGCUGUCCAUCUUCGCUGUUCCAUACAUGGGAGACCCUACUUCAGGAAGUCGAAGCAGAUGUGGUGGGUUAUACUAAUGCUGCAACAUCUUUGGAAAGAGUGGUAGCAGCUCCCCUUAUAGACAAGACCUUCCACAUGAAGGUACAAGCCAGGAAACUGUUUGCUCACAGAGAAGGCUGUGAAGUCAUUCUUGGGAAAGCUGAUGACCAACUCAAUAAGAGCCGUCAAGACUACAGGUCAGCAUUCCUGAACUACUGCAGCAAUUCAAAUCCAACGAAUCUGGCAAUUUAUUACGACUCCCACAAUAAUUACGUGCAACAACUUACAGCUACGAAUGCUAUGAUAGAACAAUACCAUAGACAUACAUUGCCGACUAUAUUACAGGAGUUGGAAGAGAUUCUGACUGAUGUUACUACCGCCGUCAGCGAUGCAAUUUGUCAAGAGGGAGAAAUCAUAACCGACAAGACUAAUAACCAGCUCCGUCGUUACGAGUCACUUUGCGCCCAAGCUCGUGCUGUAUCCAGUACUGCUGACUUAGCACAUCUCGCAAGAACUCUACUUACUAGUACUCCGCCAAUUAGGACGCCUAAGAGAGCCUUUCUGCCACCAUACCCACCAGAACCUGAUGACCCACCAAUAGAUGUACCAGCGGAGACAAUGCCGCCUGUUCUGCGAGGCGAGAUGUUACUGGAUAGGAUGGGAGGUGGUCAGGCCAGACUCAGCUAUGAACAGCUCAAAAAGGACGCGAUUGAUCUGGAGGCACAGAUAAAGAUGCUGCAGGAUGGUUUGGACGCUUUAGCUAGAAUUCAGGCACGCAGCCUUGAGAGCAACCUAUAUGCUAAAGUAAACGAAAUUCAGGAGGAGAUUUCGUUGAAAAAAUAUGACUACCGUGCUACGCAACUGCAUCUUGCAGCUGUUAGAGCGCAGAGGGAGUUGUUUGCCGCCAAAGCUGAUAGCAGCACUGCAGCAGCCGAUCGCAAGUUAUCAUCUUCGUCAGCAGGCAGUAUGAAGAAUAAGUGGCUUAAGGCUUUCCGAAGCCUAAAACCACCUAGCGCUCCACCACCUCAUGCUGCACCACCCGACAAAAAAAAUCAAAUGUACCACGCGGUGUCUACGGUUAUGGCGAUGAGGAGAAACGGCGCUACUCGCGACAUGCGCCCGGGAGAAUCGGACGCACACAAUUUUCAAGAGUAUACCUACAAGAAAAUUACACCCUGUGACGUCUGCUCGCAAGUUCUGAGAGGGCACACAAGACAGGGUCUACGAUGCAGAAUGUGCAAAAUGAACGUGCAUACAGAUUGCAUGCCGCAAGUUGGAAAGUGUCAGACAAAAUCAAAACUCCUGCGCAGGCAGAAGAGCACCUCGGAAAUAGAGGCUCAUAGGGUGCAAGAAUCCGCUUUUGAUGAAGAAAAGGAAGAUCAGACCUACCAAGUUCUGAAGCGAGCCAACGAAAUAGCGAAGCCGGGCGGUGCGGGCCCCGUAGUGCGUGUGUCCGCGCCGGAGGAGCCGCCGGCAGCGCGCUCCCCCGCGCGGCCCAGCGCCGGGCUGGCGGUGGCGUCGCAGCCCAUCGCCUCCAGCUCAGGUUCAAUGAGGAACUCCAAGAGUGCUCAAAUGUUGAGGCAGGCUGACCGCACCAGUCCAUUACCUGCGCCACACUCGCCGAGACGACAAAAGUUGAACCUUAGGAUGAAGAGCCUCUCGCUGGAUUCACCCGAGUGCGGGGAGCUGCGACGACGCCCGCGAGACCAACCCUCGCAGGGUAGCCGAGUACUUUGUGACAACAGAGUAUAUAGCAUGAGAUAUGGCUCUUAUAAAUUAAGUAACCAUUUGACUCACCAAUUUAACCAUACCCAAUCAUCCCCAUCAUCGCCGGUUCAUAGUCGAAAACUAUUGAGCGCUCGUGGAGGUCGUAUGAGCAGCGUCGAAUUGCCUGAUGAACCAGACAAAAGCCUUUCAUCAAACAGUGCAAGCCCUUGCCCAUCGCCCGUCAAACAGCCCAGCAAGCAUCAACGACUCUUGCCAACAAAUCUAUACGUGAUUCUAUACAACUUCAAGUCCCGCCACGCUGAUGAGUUGGACCUCAAAGCUGGUUACAAGGUCACCGUUAUUGAUACCUCCGACCCCGACUGGUGGAAGGGCAAAUGCUUGGGCAAGAUCGGAUACUUUCCCUCCAAGUAUUGCACCAAACUGCAAGCCGGAGAAAGACCACUGCAGGUCACUCACAAUCUACAGGUAUCCGAUGGUGAUAAUGGUCUAAUGCUUCUUCGAGACCAGAUAGUGAUUCAAGUUGGUGAUGAGUUGGACGGCAUGGUCAUGAUUCGUUCAGGAGACAAUCGCCAGGGAGUCUGUCCCGUGAAAUUCCUGCAGGAAGUGUGA